GAUUUCUCUAUCGAAGUUAAUCUGCGCGAGCUACUGCUGAAUCAUCCUGGGAUAUUUUACAUAUCUACAAAGGGUAAUGCUCAAACUGUUUUUCUUAGGGAGGCUUAUGAGAAAGGAGGGUUGAUCGAGCCUAAUCCAGUGUAUGCAGCUCGUAGGAAUAUGUUGGAGCUUGUGUUAUUAGGGCGUAGGAAAACUAAACAAUUGUUAGCCUGUGAUGAAUCCAAGGAAGAGAGCAAUACAAUAAUCUAUGAAGCAUUUGGAGAAGGUAAAAGGGAAGGUGAUUGGGUGCUUCCAUUCUUGGAGGGUAAUGAGAAGAAUUGAUUCUCAUGAUAUUGUGAAGGUAGCAGAGGCAGCAUAUUUGGAAAACUAGUUCUAUCUCUAUAAAAUGUGCGAUCGGGACAAAUAGUCCAGUGGAAAUACAAGUUUUUGAGUUGCAGUAGUUGAGUUGAGUUGGAAUGGAAAACAAAAAUGGUGAUGAUGAUCCAUUGGUGAAGCUCAGUGAUUGUUUGGAAGAGCUUGUAAACUUCACUCUCUAUUCUCAUUCUCAAUCUCCUAACCUUCUCAAUCUCUCAACACAAUUCUGCUCCACUCUUCUCAAACAUCACCCAACAAACCCAUUACCUUCUUCACACUCACAAGCAGAUUCUUUGGAUGGAGUGCCACUGUAUCCUUUGUACAAGCGUCUUGCUUCCGCUUUGUUGUCGUGUAUGGAAUCUGAAGCAUUUUGUAGUACAGGCUGCAAUUUAUCCAUGACCAAUGAAUUUGAAAGUUCUUCCAUGCUGCAUAAACACAAUGAAUGGCACAAAUUGAUUGUGGAGAAAGGAUCUGAAAUAGUGAAUAUUUUGAAGAGUGUUUCCUUUGAACUCCAUGUUCAAGAACCUUUUUUUACACAGCUAAAAGAUGGUCUGAAAACAAUUGAGGGGAGGUGUGCCAGCGGCAAAUACAACAGGAUUGAAUUAGGAAAUCGGAUUCUCUUAAAUAAGUCUUUGGUGUUUGAAGUUCAGGGACUAAAGUGGUAUCCUUCAUUCUUUGACAUGUUGGAGACAGAAUGUCUUGGAAAAGUUCUUCCAGGAGUUGAAAGUGUUGAAGAAGGUGUAAAGAUCUAUCGGAGGUUUUACACGGAAGAGAAAGAACAGACAAAUGGCGUUCUUGCAAUCACUGUUUCAAAACUCCCGGUUCAACCGUACACUUCUUUGGCUAGCUUACUUUCUGGAUUAAGCUUUGAGGGUGUUCAAGGCCUUCUCGGUCUAAUGCAUACUACCGGGACAAUUCCUAAUGCACUUCCACCUCCAAGAUCAACUCUCUUAGCGUCAUUUAAUUCCCCAUGCAACCCAAACGUACACGUAAUGAUCAAUAUUCAGGAAAAUGCCUUGACUCAUGGAGCUCGAGCAUUGGCGAAGCAUGCCUGUAGGAGUAGCAGUGGUUAUUGGGGUUCUCUGGUUGGAAAUGAUUCCAAUAAAAAUAGGCUUGCAGUGGAUGUUAUUAACAAGUUAAUAGCACAUUGUUGUUGGAUGAAUAUACACACCGUCCCGCCACAUGGAGUUGUCUUUGAAAUAAGGGUUGCUGAUGGAUAUGGUGCGCGUUGGUCAGAGGAUGGAUGUAAGAGCCAUACAUUCAUGAUGGUCACUCAAAGGGAUGGAAGCAUUAGUUCUGCUAACCCAACGGCGCAAACCAUAGCAGUCAGCUUCACCUACGAAAUUGAAUACCGCUUUUUUCUUUUAGCUUGUGGUGAAUUGUGAUUAUGUGCAUUAUUUUUGUCUCAAUUUUUGCAUAGGUAUUUUAGCUAACAACCAGCUCUCAUACCGUCGUAAAUGACAUGUUUUAUACUGAAUUUUGUAUACAUGGUUGCAGUAGAUGAGUAUAGGGGUUACAUGUCUUUUGAACUUAGUGGAGCAAUGUACCAUCAGAAAAAUUGAUGGAUGCAUAAAAAAUCUGAGGAAAGUUAGUGGAGCAAUGUACCAUCAGCAUCUAUCAACCAUCUUUGAAACAAGUCAAGUUGCUCUAAUUUUGAUUUUACUUGUAUCGACGUAUAUGUAAUUAUUAUUGCUUGCAUCUGAAGCUUGAUAAGACUACAUUAUUAUCCCUUUAUAUAGCAAUUUCAAUGAAUCUACAGUUAAUUUGUGCACAA